CUCGCUCUGCCUUGCUCCAGCUGCUCCAGUUGGCGCGCAUCCCCCUCCGAUCCCGUUCAACAACCUUGAAGCUGCAUCUUAGUCAGCGAGCUAAGCCUUAUCGCGCGCAAUCCGUCGUUCCUCUAAGCAGCAAGGACGCAGUAGUACAAGUACGGGUUGCUCUGGCCAACGCCUCAACUGAACCCCCCCUUUUCCUCCCUCCUUCUCUCUCCUCUCUCCAACAACCUCUCCAACUCCAUCUUCUCCUCUGCCUCCCACACGCCUUGCGAAGAAGCACCCUAUUCCCUUGGUCAGGGCCCCCUACAGCACAACAUCCAGAAGCCAUGGUCGCCGCCGCUGCUAUCGAAGCCCCCGUCGCGGGAAACAAGCUGGAGAAGAAGCCCAUCAAGUUCUCCAACUUGCUGCUCGGCGCCGGACUCAACAUGUUCGAGGUCACCACUCUGGGCCAGCCCCUCGAGGUCGUCAAGACCACCAUGGCUGCCAACCGUGGCGACGGCUUCUCCACGGCCUUGGCCCGCAUCUGGGGUCGAGGAGGCGUUCUCGGCUUCUACCAAGGUCUCAUUCCCUGGGCCUGGAUCGAGGCUUCCACCAAGGGCGCGGUGCUGCUCUUCGUCGCCUCCGAAGCCGAGUACUACGCUCGCUACAUGGGUGCUUCUGAGUUUGGCGGUGGCAUCCUUGGCGGCAUCACCGGCGGUGUCGCCCAGGCCUAUGCCACCAUGGGCUUCUGUACCUGCAUGAAGACGGUCGAGAUCACCCAGCACAAGCUGGCCGCCGCCGGUGUCAAGCCCCCGUCCACCUUCCAGACCUUCAUGGACAUUUACCGCAAGGAGGGCAUCCGCGGCAUCAACAAGGGCGUCAACGCUGUCGCCAUCCGACAGAUGACCAACUGGGGCUCCCGCUUUGGCCUCAGCCGCCUGGCCGAGGGCUGGAUCCGCUCGGCCACGGGCAAGGACAAGAGCGACAAGCUGUCCGCCGGAGAAAAGGUCCUUGCUAGCGCUCUCGGCGGUGGCCUCAGUGCCUGGAACCAGCCCAUUGAGGUCAUCCGCGUCGAGAUGCAGAGCAAGAAGGACGACCCCAACCGCCCCAAGAAGAUGACGGUCGGCAACACUUUCCGCUACAUUUACUCGAACAAUGGUAUCAAGGGUCUUUACCGAGGUGUCACUCCUCGAAUUGGUCUCGGCGUUUGGCAGACGAUUUGCAUGGUUGCUGUUGGUGAUAUGGCUAAAACUUACGUGGAGAAAUUGACCGGCGACAAGGUCACGGCUAAGCAUUAGACGGCGUUUGGGUCAGGGCUCAUGAUUUGGCAUGAACGGUUCAAAAAUUGGGUUCUUAUUUACGCGCGAACGAUGAAAUGACGGCGGUGGGAAUAAUCGGCAACGGUGGAGCUCGAGCCUG